AUGGCCAUUGCCUUUGAUGGUCGCAACAAGGAGCUGAGAGAGCUUAGGCCCGAGGAGAUUGGCGGUAAGACAGACAAAUACUCGUGGGACCAGACAAAUUGGGAGAUCCGGUGUCAAGUGCCUGUAGAUCCGGAAACAACGAAGCAUGAUAUUCGCUGCCAGAUAGGGCGCAAACACCUAUUGCUUUCCGUCUUUGAUGAGGAUAUCUUGAACGGCUCUCUUUUUGACAGCGUUGACUCCGAGGAGUCUUCUUGGACUUUGGAAAGAUGUAAUGACAAGUUCCCACCCAAGUUGGAGAUUCACAUUUCUCUCAAGAAGGAGCUUGAAUCACAGGGGCGCCAUCAUUGGAGUUGCAUAGUGAAGGGAGAGCAGAAGAUUGAUGUGGACUGGCUGGGCCCACCAAUCAAGGUUGUGCACCCCGGAGAUCUAGAGACCUUGCGUCGCAUUGGCGAAACCAGUGAAGACCCGGCCUUGCCCUUCUGCAACAUGCGUGAGAAUCAGAAAAAGUCGGCCUUGCAUGGGGCGACUGAUGAAGCUGCAGCCUUCAAUGCGAAACAUUCGACGGCCUCGACGACAUGGGAACUCUAG